CAGUGGGGCUCCCUUAUUGUUAUUUGUUAUUUCAUCCCCAAUUCUUUUUUUUCCUUUUAAUUUCUCUCUUUCCGUUAUAUUACUAUAUUUUCACAGUUUCAUUUCUUCAUGCUUCCUUUUCUCCCGUCCCGUCUAUGGAUUAUGGAGAUGAAGCCUUCGCCUUUCACUUCGUCUCUCCAAAACACACGAAGCUGAUCAAAACCCUAAUCAUUUUCCCGCAGAUUUUCUCGAACCAAACGGUCCAAUUCUUCUCCCUUUUCGAACCGAAAACCCAUCUGCUUCACUGACUCUCUUUUCGUUUUGUUAUUUUUGGUCUCCGAAAAUGACGUCGUAUUUGGAGGAUCAAGACGACGACGGAGGCACCUCCGAUCUCAGCACCAGCACCGGCGACCCCGAAGACAACAACAACAACGGAAACGGGGUCGUUUCGACGCAACCCAACUUCGACGAGACGACGGCGUUUCAGCAGCUGAAGGAGGAGCCCAUUGACUCCGACCCUCCGCCGCAGGCUCACUCCAUCGGCAUGGUUCCGGUGGCGAUGCAAAUGCCCAUGUCCGUGGCUGUACCCGUUUCCAACCCGACCCGACGGGCCUCUACCAAGGACCGCCACACGAAAGUCGAGGGACGCGGGCGGAGGAUCCGAAUGCCCGCCACGUGCGCGGCCCGGAUCUUCCAGCUAACCCGGGAGCUGGGCCACAAGUCCGACGGUGAAACCGUCCGGUGGCUCCUUGAACACGCCGAGGAAGCCAUCAUCGAGGCCACCGGCACCGGCACCGUUCCCGCCAUCGCCGUCUCCGUCGGUGGGACCUCGUCGGGUCUGGCUCCGGUGGGGCCCGCGGCGCCACAAGGCCUGGUUCCGGUCUGGGCCGUGGGCGGCGCCGGGCUGAUGGUCCCAGCGAAUGCUUUCUGGAUGGGCCCGGUGGGCUCGGGUGGGGGACCGUCCGGCCCACAACCGCAGAUAUGGGCCCUGUCGCCGACGGUGACGCCGGUUUUCAACGUGGCUGGGGCUACCCGGCCCGUAUCGAGUUUUGUGGCGAAUAACGGAGGAGGAGUGGAGGUUCGGGCUCCGUCGCCGGCACUGUCAAACUCAGCGGUGAGUACGAGCACGGUGGGGCCGAGGGCGGCGAAGAGGUCGUCGACGACAAUGGCGCCGAGCGUGAGCUCGUCGAGUAACAACAGUAACGGUAGCGGGAGUGGCGCGAGCAAGGCUCAGAUGCUGAGAGAUUUUUCUCUUGAAAUUUACGACAAGCAGGAGUUGCAGUUCAUGGGUCGACCCGUCGGCUCGCCAACAACUCAUCAACAUCAAACCCAGUGAUUGCAAAACCGCCAUGAGAGAGUGAGUGAGUGAAGUGGGUUUAGCGAGUUUUUUCCUAGUGUUCCGAAUUUGAUCAGAGCUGAUGAAACAGCUGCAAAUUCAAAAUAAAAAAGAAUUUAGAAAACCAAAAAAAUUAUUAUUGGGUUUUUGUUGUUUUGCUUUGUCAAUUUUCGUUUAUUUGGUUCUGAUUUCCUCUCUCAAAACUUGUAUGCCUAAACCCAAUCCAC